CCCUGCAGAUGAAUUCCACAUGUUAGGCAAAAAUCAGAAAAUCUAACUGGUGUUAGAUGCGAUCAGCUGAUCUCUGGCAAUUACGUUAACGUUGCAGGUUAAGUUAGGUUAUCAUUCGCCGCGAGUUAUAUCACAAACAUAUUUCCAUACAUUCUAAUUUAUCUCAUAAUCAGUGCGAAAUCACACUGGACAUACAUAUUAUAACUGUGCAAGUAAUUUCUUAAUAUUUGUUCAUUUUAAAAAAAGUGAAGUAUGGCGAAACAUUUGAGCGCAAAAAUCGGCCCGUCGAUUUUAAACGCUGACUUGGCACAACUUUACAAAGAAUCGCAAAAGUUACUUGACAAUGGCGCGGAUUAUUUGCAUUUGGAUGUGAUGGACGGUCACUUUGUUCCCAAUCUUUCGUUCGGUCAUCCGAUUGUAAAGUGUCUUCGUAGUAAAAUAAAGGAUGCCUUCUUCGAGACACACAUGAUGGUAUCUAAUCCAGAACAGUGGAUCGAGCCCAUGGCUGAUGCUAAUGUAGAUCAAUAUACAUUCCAUGUCGAGCCAAUAAAAGAUGUACCUUUGAUCUGUAGAAAAGUAAAGGAAGCAGGAAUGAAGGUUGGUGUGGCACUUAAACCAGGAACACCUGUAAAUGUGAUAACAGAUUAUGUGGAUCUAGCCGAUUUGAUUUUAAUAAUGACUGUAGAACCUGGCUUCGGUGGGCAGAAAUUUAUGGAACCAAUGUUGCAGAAAGUUGCAUGGUUGAGAGAGAAUUAUCCUGGAUUAGACAUUGAAGUCGAUGGGGGAGUUGGUCCAAGUACAAUUGAAGCCUGUGCAAAGGCUGGUGCUAAUAUGAUUGUAUCUGGCACAGCUGUUAUAGGUUCCACUGAUCAAGCUAAAGUAAUUACAACUCUUAGAGAUACGGUAAAUUGUUAUUUGGAGCACAACCACUCAAAAUAGCAGUGAAAUUGAAAAUAAUAUGAAUAAACAAAGCAUUUUUGAGAAAACAUUUAACAUUUUUAUAAAAGUAUAUA